CAACGUCAGUCAUCUCUUCCUUUCCACUUUACUCUUGAUCUCGGAAGACGUGAUGCUGUGCUUCACCAGUUCUGCAGUGACAACGUUGCUCCCCUCACGGAGUUGGCACGUUAACGAAAGGACCUGGAGUAGGUAUCUGGAGUUGGGCGGGUUUCCUUUUCCUUUUCUCCCUCGUCCUCUCAGUCGUCCCUCUCGAUUCGACCUCCUGAAACUACCCGAAACAUUUGGAAUAAUUCGAGAAUCACUCAGUGAUUUCAAUGUCUCGGCAUCAAAAUGGUCAGCAGCUGGAAGCUACCUCAACACAUAUUCCGAUUCAUUGUCUUUCAAGCAGAGAAGGGUCUUUGACAGCCAACACCAACGAUAAUGAUCCCCGCCUAAAGGAACAGGAAGGCGAAAAGCCCCCGGUGUUGGAUACGCAUGGAGAUGCUCAGUCAUCAGGGAUAUCACUGCCUCAAUUCGCCCAGGUAGACGGCGUUGAUGAGAGUACAUCAACGCUUGAUGGAGUUCCAUGGAAAAGCCGGCUCUCUACACUCUGGCACUGGAAACCCAAAGCGGCUAGGUAUGACCCCGACAACCCUCCCAAGUUUACAAUAUGGAUGAACAUCCUGUUCGGGUUUGUGAGUGGUGUCCUCCAUGUCAGCCAGUCGAAUGUUUCGGAUCGUCACUAACACCUCCUCCCACCCAGGCAUCAUGCUUCACCGUAUCCAACCUGUACUACAACCAAGCCGUCCUAAACAAGAUGGCAGAGACUUUCGAUGUCACCUUUGAAAAGGCCUCGUCGGUAGCCACGCUGAUGCAAGCCGGCUAUUGCAGCGGUUUGCUGUUCAUCUGUCCGCUUGGUGACAUCUUUCCCCGCCGACCAUUCAUACUUGGGUUGAUUGCCUUUACCGCAACCCUGGUACGCCUCCCCUAUCUUCCCCGUCCUUGAUUCAAAUGUCACUAACAUCGUCUGGGUUCAAUCAGUGGAUCCCCCUCUGUCUAACAACCUCCUUUCCCUCCUUCGCCGCCAUCUCCUUCCUCUGCGGCGCC